AUGGCUCGCCGGCCGCCCGUUUCCGUGCUGCGCUAUUUUCCACCUCGCAUCAACAACCUACGUAGCAAUCUACAGAGAAAUCUACAGAGCAAUCUACAGAGCAUUCUACAGAGCAAUCUACAGAAUCAUCCUAUUGUCGACAGAUUCUCGACAUCCAGCCCUGCCAAAAUGCCUUCCUACAUUGUGUCUUUGAAAGAUGAUGCCACCGACGAGCAGGUCAAGGCCGCCAAGCAACAAGCCGUCGAGCAAGGUGGCGUUAUCGGUCAUGAGUACACCCUCUUCAAGGGGUUUUCCGUAACCUUUGACAAGGACGCCAUUACUACCCUGGAGGCGAACCAAGACGUCAAGUCGGUCGAGGUAGACGGCCAAGUCACCACUUGCUGA